AUGGAUUCCUCCAUUCAGCGUUUGCUAAAUGAUAAGCUCUAUGAUCGGAGGAAACAGGGAGCCUUGGAGUUAGAGAAAGUUGUUCGAGAUGCCGUUUUCAAAGGAGCACAUGAAAAUAUUCAAAGAAUUGUCGAGCAGCUAUGUCAUGACUACGCCUACGCAGUACAUCAACCUCAUGCGAGAAAUGGUGGCUUGAUCGGGUUGGCUGCGGCCUCCAUCGCGCUUGGAUCGGAAGGUGUUGCGCCAUACCUGAAAGAAAUUGUAAAACCAGUGCUAGCUUGCUUCACCGACCAAGAUGCGCGAGUCAGGUACUACGCUUGUGAGAGCAUGUAUAACAUUGCCAAAGUUGCUAAGGGGGAGAUUUUGUUGUUCUUCAACGAAAUUUUCGAUGCGUUGAGUAAAUUGGCAUCCGAUUCGGAGCUUUCAGUCAAAAAUGGCGCAGAACUCCUUGAUAGACUUGUUAAAGACAUCGUGUCUGAGUCCGCCGCAUCUUAUGUCUCGGUCUUGCAGCUUUCCGAGAAGCAAGACACAGACCCGGAAGCUUUGGAAGACCCUGACCUUCCAACGGCAUUUUCUCUUCCAAUGUUUAUACCAUUACUCAAAGAUCGAAUUGAUGUUAUCAGCCCAUUCACUCGGAUGUUCCUGGUAUCAUGGUUAACUUUGUUGGACACAAUACCUGACCUUGAGCUUGUUUCAUACUUACCAGAAUUUCUGGGAGGUCUGGUCAAAUUCCUUGGUGACCCUAAUAGAGACGUGAAUGUCGCCACCCAAAACCUGCUAGAUAGGUUCCUGUCAGAAAUCAAGAGAAUCGCUCGUCUCAAGAAAGGCAUUGAAGAGAGUCGCAAGGGACAAGGAAGCGAGAAUAGACAAUCAACUACGAGUGACAGCAUUAGCACAACUACCGAUCAGACGGCUGCUGCCGAAACCGAGACUGAAACUGAAGCUGGAACCAAUGAUGUUGCUAUAGAAGAUUCUGAGGUGGACUCUACAAUUGAUGAAGACGGCUUGCAUGCAGAUGGAGAUUGGAUUCCAGGACAAGAUGUCCAAAUAGAUUACCCCAUGAUACUAGGCAUCUUGGUGGGCUUCGUUGACACAUCUUAUGAGGAAGAGAUGCAGUUGACAGCGCUGCGAUGGAUCGAUAGUUUCUUCGAAAUAAGCCCCGAAGACAUACUUCCUUUCGUUCCACGUCUUCUGACCCAAGUACUUCCAGCUAUGUCCAGUGGCUCGGACCAUGUGCGGCAGGCCGCAAACCGAGUCAACACAUCAUUGCUAGAGUAUAUUGUGUCUCUAUCUGAAGACACAUUAUCGGAUGAGACACGACAGUCAUCAUCUUCGAAACUAGCAUCUACACCUAACAAAGAGACUGAAAGGAGAGAAUCUGCACCAAACACCAAACCCUCUGAUGUAUCCGCAACCGCCUCUAGGAAGCAAUCGGCGCAGGAGUCUACGCAAGAACCGACGCCUCGGAGCAGUGUCAUGUCCACACCAGUGCCGCCUGCUGAUCUCGAUUAUGCUGCGGCUGUCAACUCGCUUACACUGCAGUUUUUGAACGAGAACGAAGCCACAAGGGUAGCUGCCCUCUCCUGGUUGAUAAUGCUGCAUCGGAAGGCCCCCAAAAAGGUGGUGGCAUUCAACGAUGGAACGUUUCCUGCUCUGCUUAAGACACUAUCCGAUCCAGCGGAGGCAGUGGUGACGAAGGAUCUCCAGCUCUUAUCCCAGAUAUCGCGGAAUAGCGAGGAUAGCUAUUUCAAGUCGUUCAUGGUGAACCUCCUUCAACUGUUCUCCACCGAUAGGCAUUUACUAGAGGUCCGCGGAAACCUCAUUAUCCGCCAGCUUUGUAUGAAUUUAAGCCCGGAGCGCAUUUACAGAACUCUAGCCGACUGUCUUGAAAAGGAGGAGGACAUUGAAUUCGCCAGUAUUAUGGUACAGAAUCUAAACAAUAACCUGAUUACGGCGCCCGAGCUCUCUGGGCUGCGAAAACGGCUAAGGAACCUGGACACCAGAGAGGGCCAGAUGUUCUUUGUGGCUUUAUUUAGGUCUUGGUGCCACAACUCUGUCUCCACGUUUUCACUGUGUCUGCUUGCACAAGCAUAUGAGCAGGCCUACAACCUUCUCCAAGUCUUUGCCGAGCUCGAAAUGACUGUCAAUAAUUUGAUUCAAAUUGAUAAGCUGGUCCAGCUUUUGGAGUCACCUGUCUUCACCUAUCUCCGACUUCAACUGCUGGAACCAGAAAGUUAUCCAUACCUCUACAAAUGCCUCUAUGGUGUCCUCAUGCUCCUUCCGCAGAGCUCUGCCUUCGCGGCUCUAAAGAACCGUUUAAACAGCGUUAGCAACAUUGGCCUUCUCCAUACACCCCGACUUUCCACGAUGGUCUCAGCCUCCGGCUCAAGCACCUACGAUCGCUCGACAGGCAGCCGCAACAAACGCGAAGAGAACUCCAUCCGCUGGGUCGAACUCCUCGAUAAAUUCAAAACCGUCCAGGAAAAGGCUCGCCGAGCACUACGUGCAAGGGAACGUCCCUUCGACGACGGCGUCGCCGGCUUCCAGGGUCAUUCGCUAGCUGCCGCCCUCUCUGCUGCAGACCAAGCGCGGAACAAGGAACGGGCAAACCUCCCAGAUACACCGCGAACAGGCCUAGGUCUUGGAGCCAGUGCCGAGGGACGGCGGAGUCCUGCUGAUAUUGGAAACCAGAAAGGUGGUUCUAUCCUGGGUGCCGCGCAUAGACAUAAAACCAGUCUUCCUAAUUUGGGACGUCUUGGUAUAGGGAGUAGGAAGUCGAAACGGUAA